AUGGAGGACGCCGGUCUCAGACGGAGGCAGAAUGAACCGCCUGCCCAUCCUGCUACAUCCAACCAGAGAUACACGCAGCAGCCGAUACAGGACGCUGCGCAGCAGCGCAGGUACGCAGCAUCGACGCCGACCGAUAGGUAUCGGUCCACACCGCUCAACUCCUCGACCACGGGCACGGCUCGGGGCAUCGGUGGCUCGGCUGGCUACAGCGGAUACUACCAGGAUUCUACAACCGGCGCAUUCCAAACGGCCACAGCCAUGCCGCAAUCAUCCAUCUCGUCGUACCACCAAUCCACCACGGACUACAGCCAGGAUGGACGGCAAACACAGAGCUUCACGGGUUAUAACCCGGCAAGCAUGAUGUACAAUGUUCAAUCAGGGGCCCAGAACUCUGCCGUCUACGACACGAGCCAGCAGUCCUUCCAGCGCCAACCCGCGGCUGCCUUGCAGAUGAUGGCGGCAGAUGUAACCUCGGCGAACCCCUACUUCUCUGGCGAAACCGGGAGCUCGACCACUGCCUCGCUCCAGACCCAAGCGGCACCCUCCAACACUUCCUCGUCGGUUUAUCAGAACGCAACGGACAGGUCAGCGCUCCUUGGGUACUCGAACAACAUGGCUGGAAUGGGGGGGAUUGCUUCCCAAACGGCCGCCGCACCUGCGGCAGCGACGGCGACCACGGGGGAUGUCGGGAUUGAAGAGCAGGAGUACCCCGCUACCAGCGGACUGGACGAAGCGUACGCAAGCUACCAGAGCGCGCUCAAGGAAAUCUUUCAGAACGUCAAGAGCGGAAUCCUGCAAGCCGCGAGCGAAUCCCUUCUAAACGUCUCGGACUGGCUGCUCUCGCACGUAACAGAGCUCGGGCUUACCUCGGACGACCAGGACCUCUACAACGACCGCAUCAAGCUUUGGAACGACUUCAACCAUGCGUGGCUAUCUCUUUUGCAAAUGCAGAAGGAAUUAAUGGAGUCUGGCCAGCAGCUCCAAAGGUCCCAGACGCUCAUCAGCCGAGAAGGCCUCGAGAAGAUGGCCAAGGAGCUCCUCAGGUUAUGCGACCAGGUCGAGCGCCAUGGCCUGGUUGACUACCAGUACGGGGUCUGGGAGGAGCAGAUUAUAGCAGUUCUCGAGGAGUGUUCCGAUCUCUAUGGUUCCGCAGGAGAGUCCAGCGGAGCCGCCGCCGCGUCCAGCUCACGCAGACAAUAGAAAACAUUGUCCUGCGAGAACCCCCCUCGUCUAGCAUUUAAAGUGUACCUUCAUUAUCCAUGAAUUUGGAU